GUCAAAUGGAUGGACGACUCAGAGGCAGUAAGUUGGGGUCAUCAAUGACAAGUCGGAUGAUUUUACUCACUCAUCCAGCCAGGAGUUGGAUCUUUAUGAUUUAAUUGGAACUCUAUUCCUAACCAAAGUAGUCUGCUUGUAAGACGUGCCUCAGCUAAUUACAAGUAUGGUGAGAAGGUGUCCUGGUCCGGUUGUAGUAAUAUUGUUCGCCCAACACCAGACCAAGAGCUGAGAGCCCGGCUCAUCAGUUGGAACUAUGUUCCUACCUAAAUAGUUGUCUUGUGGAGUAACGCCCAAGCGGAACGCAAGAUAAUGAAAUAUGGAUCUUGGCCCACUAGAGGUUUCGCCGGAAAUCUCCGAAUCAAUAUCGAGGGUUAUUGAUUUGUUAAAAAUAGUGGGAGAUAAUUAAUUAAAGGCCUAAUUAAUUAUUAAACAUGAUAGAUAACCUAGUUUGCAAAAUUUUCUGUAGAUGGCAAACAACAACAACCCUUUCAACCUGCGUUACAUCCUGGAAAACAACAAGUUAUCCGGGACCAACUUUCUUGACUGGGAGAUGAACCUCCGAAUCGUUCUUAACUAUGAGAGGAAACUCUACAUCCUCGAAAUGGAUCCUCCCAAGACCCCUAAUGUUAAUUCUCGUGCGUCCGAACUCACUUCCUUCAAGAAGUAUGAGGACGACGCGGGAGAUGUAAAGUGUAUCAUUAUGGCCAGUAUGACCGCGAAGCUCCAAAGGCUCCACGCGGACAUGGAAGUGCGUCCUAUGAUACAAUGCUUAAGAGACCUUUACCAGGGUAAACAGAAAGAAAAAUUCGCUCCUGGCGGCAGAUGGGGCGAGAUUGUUGGGAUGGAUGUGACAACCCGAUUCCGUGAAGAGGAGCGUGCUGAGUUUGUUGAAUUAAAGCAAAGAGAUAUGACACUUCCUGAAUACCGACAACGAUUUGUCCACCACGCUCAAUUUGCACCCACACUGGUGAGCAUAACGGCUGACUGCAUUGAGGAGUUUCGCAAAAGACUUCGACCUGAUCUCAGGCCGCACGUAUCUACUAUUCAAACUGUGGAUUUGAUUGAGGCGUACGACUUAAUCUCUAAAGCCGACAAAGAUCUAAGUGAUUACUAUGAAAGUCUUAAGACUGAGGUUGCCAACUCAAAUGUACAACCAACUACAAGUGGGAAGAGACCCCUGCAAGAAAUCGAUAGUGCCCUACACUCAAAAAAAGAGAAAACCAACGACAAUUCAAUCAACGUCAUCCAUGAACAAAAUGAGGGUGCCGUCCACACGGUAGCAUGGUACCGUGCGUACGGUAGGGGGUACCGUGAGUGGCGGUACCUCGGUACCGUGUAGCACAAAAUCUCCAUUCGAUUCUGGCGGCACCUGGUUAGGACGGGUGUGGCCAUCCGUUCCGGCCUACCGUACGGUACCUGGGUACCGUCUCACGGUAUAGGGGUACCGUGUAGGCGGUAUACCCUACCGUCUGGGGGUACCGUGCCACUGUCCUGAUUUUUCCAAAAUUCCCGUAAUCCUUCGUGUUUGAGUUUAAAACCUUUUGGAUAUUUGAAAAUGUUUAUGGGAUGGUUUUAAACAUAUUUUGUGAGUGCUUUUGAGCUUGUGAAUAUAGGUAUAUAAAGUCAUAUCCUUACAUUGGUUUCUACCU